CCAAAUUUUGUUGAGCGUUCAGUUGCUUCGUCGGUUUUCUUUCUCUUUUAUUUCUCCGACUCUGCUAGAUUCAGAUAUAGAAGAAGGAGCUUGGACGACAAGGAAACCAUGGCAGCACCAGAUCAUUUGUUCAAUCUGAGAAAUAAUUUCUAUUUGGGAGCGUAUCAGGCAGCCAUUAACAACAGUAAUCUCUCCAAUCUCUCACCCGAUGACGCAAUCGAGAGGGAUUCUAUUGUUUUCCGCUCUUACAUUGCCCUUGGCAGCUAUCAGCUAGCCAUCAGCGAGAUCGACUCAUCCGCCCCGACGUCUCUCCAAGCCGUCAAAUUGCUCGCUCUUUAUCUGUCCGAUCCUAGUAGCAAGGAAUCAACCAUCGCAAGUCUACAGGAAUGGUUAUCAGAUCUAGCCAUUGCAAACAAUCCUACCUUGAGGCUAAUUGCAGGAAUCAUAUUCAUGCAUGAGCAAGACUUUAAUGAAGCCCUGAAACACACAAAUGCUGGAGGAACCAUGGAAUUGCAUGCUCUGAAUGUUCAAAUAUUUCUUAAGAUGCACAGGUCAGAUUAUGCAGAGAGACAGCUGAGAGUCAUGCAACAGACUGAUGAGGAUCACACAUUAACACAACUUGCAAAUGCUUGGAUAAAUCUGGCUGUGGGUGGUUCCAAGAUACAAGAAGCAUAUCUUAUCUUCCAGGAUUUCUCUGAAAAGUAUCCCAUGACAAGCUUGAUUUUGAAUGGAAGGGCCGUCUGCUGCAUGCAUAUGGGAAACUUUGAUGAGGCCGAGACACUUCUUCUUGAAGCAUUGAACAAGGAUGCAAAAGAUCCAGAAACUAUGGCCAAUCUAGUUGUAUGCAGUCUUCACCUUGGCAAACCAACUUCUCGUUUUCUCAGCCAAUUGAAACUUUCGCAUCCCGACCACUUGCUUGUUAAACGCAUCUCGGCUGCUGAAGAGAACUUCGAUAGAGCUGUUCAAUCUGUUGCUUAGAGAAGCCUUGCUGCUUUUGAAAAGGAGGUGAACGAUGUUUGCUAGUGUUGAACGACAGUCUUCACCCCGGGGGUUGUUUACUGUUUUUGUUAAUUGGAGCUGUUGAUUUUCCCCAAAUAUUUGACGGUAGGAGUUAUAACUCACGAUUCUGAUCAUUUUUGUACUGAGAUUCCUGGAUGUGAUACGUAUGAUUAUUUUACUUGAUUCUUUAGAAUUUUCA